AUGCACCAGUAACCCAUUUCUGCCCAUCCUCAAACAAUUUCUGGCCUCGUCGACAGGAACACAAGCAACCUUGCAGCGCAUUCUUUUCCGACCAAACAUAGUCUUCUUUCAGCUGGACCUCUUCCUCGAGCUGCGUGUUCGACAUGUCAAAACAAACCGACCCAGAGGCCAUCUCUAACUUUCUUGCCGACCAACGGGACGAAGCACCUACAGAACUCCAGCACAUCUUCCUAACAUUUGAAGAUCUCUGGGAAAGAAAACUAUGGCAUCAGUUGACGGACACAUUACUUGAAUACUUUUCCAACCCCGAAACCGCUGCGCAGAGACUACCCAUCUACAACACCUUCAUCAUUAGUUUUGCCGACAAGAUCAAUCAGUUGAAGCUCGUCAAGCUCGCCCUGGGUGCCUCUGCGCAAAUCGAAGAUGAUACCGACCGAAGCCACUUCCUUCAAUCCCUUGCGGAAAGAGUAGACAAGCCCGAUUCCGAAGAAGCCCAUGUCUAUACCAUCACAGAGCUUGCGAGUGUCUACCUCAAAUUGGGAGAAAAGGCCAAAGCAAGAGAACAACUAGACAAGGCUCAAAAGACACUCGAUCAGUUUGACUUUGUGGAGAACGUCGUGCAUGCGGCCUUCUAUCGCAUCAACGCCGACUACUUCCAGGCUGAAGGCGACUACACAUCCUACUAUCGAAACUCACUCCUGUAUCUUGCUUGCAUAGAAGAGUCAGAGUUGACUGCGGAACAGCAGCAACACAGAGCAUACGACCUUGCAAUCGCCGCCCUGGUUUCAGAUACCAUCUACAACUUCGGAGAACUAUUACUGCACCCCAUCCUGGACGCUCUCAACCCACCACAUCCAGAAUCAUGGCUGCGGGAUCUACUGUUUGCUUUCAACCGCGGUGAUCUGGCAGCAUUCGACCGAAUGUCAAACAACCUCACUAAGAAUCCAACGCUCGAAUCGCAUCGCAUGUUCUUGUGGCAGAAGAUCAACCUUGCUGCCCUGACGGAGCUAGUCUUCAAGCGACCACCGCAUGAUCGCGCUAUGACCUUCAAGACAAUCAGUCAAGAGACGAAUGUGAAACCAGACGAGAUUGAACAUCUCAUCAUGAAGGCAUUGAGCCUAGGGUUGUUGAGGGGAAAGAUUGACCAGGUUGCUGGCAUUGCUAAGAUCAACUGGGUACAACCUAAGGUCUUGGAGCGGACUCAGAUUGAGGGUAUGAGAACUCGACUGCGGGAAUGGGACAGCAAUGUCAAUGAUCUGGGCCAUUGGAUAGAAGGCGUGGGCAAGGAUGUGUGGGCAGCAUAAGUUCUUUCGACUGUACCAUACAGCAUAGCAAUGGCGUUGCAGGCAAGCCAUGGUAAGCAUAAGGCCUUUGAAGUAGUCCACAAGAAGAAGAAUGUAAGAUACAGCAUUCUAUUGUGAUAAUCAGAGUUCGGCACUGGACAAAUUGUCUUGCGU